AUGGAUUGGAAAAGUGCAAAAAUUCUAUUAGCAUCUACUGCUACUGUGGUUGUUGCUUCCCAAGUGGUCAAAAAGUUGUGUAAUUACUUUUCCAACUCAAGAAAAAACACCCGGCCAGAGGAUGCAAGUGAGAACGAUGUUCUUAAUAUUAGAAAUCGUGAAAUUAACGACGUAAUAUUAUUCUCAGAUGACGUUGUACGACACACUAUCAAAGUUCCACCCAAUAAAGAUGUUACUAUAUGUGAAAGUAGGGAACUAAACUGCUUUAAAUUAAUAAAGUAUAUAAAAUCAGCACGUGAGACGUUAGACGUCUGCAUGUAUCUGAUAACGAGUAGUGAAAUAGCAGAACAAAUUAUAAGGUUGGGACAAAGACAUGUGUUAGUAAGAAUUGUCGUGGAUAGUGACAUGUCCAACACGCCUCCAUCUCAAAUAAACAAGCUUAAGGAAUAUAGCUUUAUUCAGGUGCAGACUAAUAAAAAGUCAAUACUAAUGCACCAUAAGUUUUGCAUCAUUGACGGACCUAAAGCUAUUAAACGAAAGAAUGUGUUAAAAGCUUGUGCUGAAAAAUUAAAUAUCCAUGCACAAUUUGCUAAGUACAACGUGAAAUCUCAAAUAAAGUCUAAACCAUGCAAGGGCUUCGUUAUGUCUGGUUCCUUGAAUUGGUCUACUCAAGCCAUGGUGUCAAAUCAUGAAAGUGUAAUCGUUACUUCACAUGCCAAUAUAGUUAACAAAUUCGAGAAAGAGUUUGAAAGUUUAUGGAUUGAAGACGAACCGGCCCUGUUAGCAGCACUAUGA